AAUCCAGAUGGGAGGUGUGAUUUCCUAAAUUCCCCGAGGUCCCUGAACUCCACAUAGAGGAUGACAGGGAGGAAAAGUCAGGAUGGCUCUUUCCCAUGAUGCAGCGCAGCUGGCUUCUCCCUCCGUAACCAUCGCAUCCAGGGAGAGAGCAGUAAUGGCGGCCGGUUAGUGCCACACACCAACAGCGCGUCCUCAUUCAGCCGCACUCACUGCAGCCCUCCGGGGGCAACCUGCCCGUCUCACGGCGGCGCGACACACACGGACCGCAGACACGGAGCUCCUUUAAGGCGGUCGGGGGGGUCGGGGGGCGGGAAUCCUUCAGCCCAGGGACUUUCCUUCUACUUUUCUAAAAAAAAAAAAAAAAACAUGGAUGAGCAUCCCGGCGGAGGAGGAGGGUUCGGAGCAGGGAGCCCGAGGCAGCAGCAAGGGGGCAACGGCAACGCUAAUCCGGGUGUCAUGGUGCCGCACCAGCCGGACGAGCUGCCCCGGCAGCAGCAGCAGCAGCAGUACACCAUCCCCGGCAUCCUGCACUACAUCCAGCACGAGUGGGCCCGGUUCGAGAUGGAGCGGGCGCACUGGGAAGUGGAGAGGGCCGAGCUCCAGGCGAGGAUAGCGUUCCUGCAGGGGGAGAGGAAAGGUCAGGAGAACCUGAAGAACGACCUGGUCAGAAGAAUAAAGAUGUUGGAGUAUGCUUUGAAGCAGGAAAGAGCCAAAUACCACAAGUUAAAAUAUGGAACGGAGUUGAACCAAGGAGAGAUGAAGAUGCCCAGCUUUGAAGCAGAGACCAAAGACUCGGAGGUCUCUGCUGUCCCUGCCAACAGUCAGCUGACCUGGAAACAAGGGAGACAGCUGCUGCGACAGUACCUGCAGGAAGUGGGAUACACGGACACCAUCUUGGACGUGCGUACCCAGAGGGUUCGCUCCCUGCUCGGCCUGUCGGGCUCCGAGCAGAACGGCUCUGUGGAGAACAAGAACCUGCAGCACCUGAUCAACGGCACGGAGCGCCGCAAGGACGGCAAGAGGAGUCCGGGGGACGUUCUGGAGACGUUUAACUUCCUGGAGAAUGCGGAGGAUAGCGACGAAGAGGAGGAGGAGGAGGAAGAGGAGGAGGGAGACCUGAUGGCCGACAUCAGCACAGAGAAACACCAACGAGCCAAGAAGCACAAGGCCAAGGUGGGGAACGAGGGCUUGGCAUCGGAGGACGACGCAGACACCGAGGAGGCCCUGAAGGAGUUUGACUUCUUGGUGACGGCGGAGGACGGCGAGGGAGCCGGCGAGGCCCGGAGCUCCGGGGACGGGACCGAGUGGGCGGAGCCCCUACCCUUCCCUCCUGGGGGGGGUAAGUCCUUCCUGUUGGGCUCUGACGACGUGAUGGAGAGCGUGCUGGGCCUGGGCGACCUCGCCGACCUCACGGUCACCAACGACGAGACGGAUUACGGCUACGACCUCCCUUCCAGUAAGGAGUCUUCGUUCAGGAAGACGUGGAACCCCAAGUACACGCUGAGGAGCCACUUCGACGGCGUGCGGGCGCUGGCCUUCCACCCGGUGGAGCCCUGCCUGGUCACCGUGUCCGAGGACCAGACCCUGAAGCUGUGGAACCUCACGAAGACCGUCCCCGCCAAAAAAAGUGCCUCCUUUGAUGUGGAGCCCGUCUACACAUUCAGAGCUCAUGUGGGGCCCGUGUUGUCCUUGGCGAUGACCUCCAGCGGCGAGCAGUGCUUCAGUGGCGGCAUCGACUCGACGAUCCAGUGGUGGAACAUCCCCAGCUCCAACGUGGACCCCUACGACACCUACGAACCCAGCGUCUUGGCGGGCUCGUGGUUGGGUCACACGGACGCCGUGUGGGGAUUGGCCUACAGCGGCAUCAAGAACCGCCUCCUGUCCUGCUCGGCCGACGGCACGGUGAAGCUGUGGAACCCGACGGAGAAGAACCCCUGCAUCAGCACUUUCAACACAGACAGCGAACACGGCGUCCCCACCUCGGUGGACUUCAACGGGUGUGACCCCGCCCACAUGGUGGCGUCCUUUAAUAGCGGAGACGUGGUGGUUUAUGACCUGGAGACCUCCCAGAAUGCACUGGUGCUGAAGGGCCAGGGAGACGGCACCCUCCCAGGGUCCAAUCACAUCAACAAGGUGGUGAGUCAUCCCACGCUGCCCGUCACCAUCAGCGCCCACGAGGACCGACAAAUCAAGUUCUACGACAACAAGUCAGGUAAAGUGAUCCACGCCAUGGUGGCUCACCUGGAUGCAGUGACGAGUCUGGCUGUGGAUCCUAACGGGAUCUACUUGAUGUCUGGAAGUCACGACUGCUCCCUGCGCCUGUGGAACCUGGACAGUAAGACGUGUGUCCAGGAGAUCACGGCUCACCGUAAGAAGAGCGAGGAGGCCAUCUACGACGUGGCCUUCCACCCCUCCAAGGCCUACAUCGCCUCAGCAGGAGCCGACGCCCUCGCCAGGGUCUACGUGUAGACCAGGAGGAGGAGGAGGAGGAGGAGGAGGAGCAGAGGGGGCACUAACAGUAUUCAGGUGUCAGAGCACAGAUGACUUAUUGAUGAAGACACAGGAGGAGGUGCAGCUGUGUCUCCUCCAGCUGAAGCAGAAACAGUGUUUAAACUCUGCAGGUCCCCCCCCCCCCCCCCCCCCCCCCACUACCAAGGACGGGCUGGAAGGACAAACAGCCCACUGAUGGUCUCUGAUGAUGCAGCAGAGACACCUUCAGGCUGUCGUUGUCCCUCAGACGCUUCAGAGCCUCUCGUCCUGCCGCGGGUUUGAAUCCCAAACCUCGAGGGGGACGACGGUUCUGCUCCAUGAGGUUUGUCUUCAUGAGGGAGGACAUCGGAGGACAUUAAAGCACAAUAGAAGCCUUUAAAGGAUGAUUAAAGAUGAUGGAGGACAAUGGACGGCCGUGGACAACGUUAGACUUCUGUCGAGGACAUUACGAGACGUUCGAGGACGCUGGGAGCUGCUUUGAGGGUCCCAAACCGUGACUCGUCCUCCAUCAGGUGGAGCUGCUCGAGUGACAAACAUCACGAUCCAUAGAGUAGAACAAGGUUUGAACUCUUCGAUGAUUCGUUCUAUUUACGUUUUUUACGUUUUUGAAAUCUGAAGUAGACUCAGAUUGACGCUUUUUUACCGUGUUUUUAAGGAGUUACUUUAGUUCAACCAGCUCGUUGGGUUCAAACUCUGUCGUCCGUCCUAACGGGCCAAUCAGAGCCCUGCGUUUAGACCGUGUGGACGUUUUCUGUUUGUAAAAUAAAUCUAGUUUUAUAAUCGUUUUUAUAAAAAUGCAAUCGGCGCCAAGGGUGACCCUGGGUCCUAAAACCUGCCGAGUUCUGUCAUCGCUGUGGGAAUGUAGGGAAGUGUUUGGCUUUACGCACUGGUACCUGAACGCACCACGGCCUCUUCCUCACCCCCCCCCCUGUGAGUUUCUUCUUCACGCUGAGAACGCUCUGACAAGCAGGAGUAGAUUUAUUUAUGUUUUCUUUUUGUCUCUAUCAUCCUAAUGAGGUUUGUGCUGCAGGAGAAACGGUCCAAUCAGAAUCCUCCGUGGGCGGGCGUUAAACACUAAGGCUGCGGCCUGAUUGGCUGAACAUGGGCUGUGGUUUGCUUUAAAGACGGUUCUUUAUUUCACCACUUACUGUGUAGCUAAAGACUUUUUCUUUGUAAUGCAUGAUUAAUACAAUAAAAGUAUUUUUUCUAGUCUUCCGGAAAAAUGGAAAAAAAAGUUCUGAUCCGUUUGAGUUUUGAUGAGUUUUGUUCUUUUGUUUCUUUUCUUUUGAUUCACAAAAUAUGAAACAUCAGAUUUUAAAGAUUGAAGCACCUAGCAGAACACGUAUGUAUAUAACAUGUCUAUAAUAACUAUUAAAUGGUGUAUCUGUACAGAG